AUGUUUUCGCCGUUUCGGCCACGCGAUGCACCGCCAGCAUCGCUCGGUCCAUUGCCCGAACCAGAGUUGCCACUGCAUCUCGCCCUCGCCUGGCUUGUUGUCAAAGCCACCCCGGUAAACGAUCAUGGUCAUCCGAUCAAUGUUUACUCGCCUACAUUCGUCGCCGCCGUUCUGGAGAUAGUCGCUCGGGAGGUUCUUGAGGUGAGCGUUUGCGCUACGAGGCUUGUGACUGACAGACAGGUGAACCCAGCUCCUGUCACUUUUGGCAGUUUGAAGGCGGAAACCGAUCGGCUUAUAGUGAAAGAAGCCGUGGUUGUCGCGCGCCUGAACGACAAACGGAUGUCGCGUGGUCAGAUCGUCAGCGCCGAGGCCGAGGAGGCCGCGGCUGGGGCGAGCUGGAUGGACAUAUUCUUUCACGAAGUGACGGAAGGCUGUGCCUUUGUUGACACGAUCGAGCGCGAGAUCCGCAAUCGCAUCAGCGAGGACAUCGAGGAGCCAAUAGACGGACCCGAGCCCCUCGACCGCCGGUCACCGCUUGGCCUCUUCUUCCGAACACUACUCAUAAAGCUGCGCAAGAUGUCGUUCCACGAAACGCUUGUGCUUUCCGCUCACGCGGCGGAGUGGUGCGGCGUCCGCGGCGAGCCGAGACGCGUUGGAAUGAGCUUAAACCGCGAGGUGCGCGAAGGAGGAGACAAGCGUGUCGCUGCCAUGGCAUCACAUCAAGCCGCCGCUCAGACAGGCGACUACGGAAGCGCGCUCUUCGCCCUGCGCCAAUUCUACGACUACCAGGUGCCCUCGUCAGACAGGUACAUGCACCAGCACGCGCUGCUGAACCUUGCUGCGUUCAAAUACGCGACGGGCGGUCUGGAUGCUGCCCGCGAAGCAGUAGAGGAGGGCAUCCGUCUCUCGCGACAGCAGGGCGACAAGACGUGCCUCGAGUUCUGCCUCAGCCUCAAGUACCGCCUCACGACGGAGGUGGGAUCGGCGGCAUGGGCGCCGAACGAGGUCCCGCGUGUCAAGGGGGGACCACUGCCAGAGCGAAAGCUCGCGAAGGGUGCGACACCGUCGGAUGAACUGUGGUCAAUCAAUGCGGCGGUCGACCUCGGUGAGCCUGCUCCGAUGGCAUAUCGGCGGCUGUGGACCGCCCUGAACUCGACGAAAGCCGGGACAGAAGAGAACGUCCCGCGCAUGAUCAGCAUGUCCGCCUGGCAUCAGGCUCAAGCGGGACUGUGGGGCAUGAUGGGCUCUGGAGAACUUGCAGACUUGCACGAGAGUAUGGCUUUGACGGCCCCUGAUCUCGAGGAGGAAGGCCGGAUAACGAUCCUACUCGCGCGUGCUGAGCGCUCAGCAACGACCGGCAAGUUCGACGAGGCUCUUGCCCUGCUCCUUGAUCCCGGAGUUCUCGAGGGCCUUUCGCUUACGGACUACAGGCGAUGGGCGAGCGUCGUGUGGUCGAUUGUGGAAAAGGAGGCGACGCUGGAAGAGGAUGCAGCAGCGCUGAGCGUACUUGCUGGUUUGAGAGCACCGGCGCCGGAACGGACAGGACCUGGUGGUCUGGUGAGGGACAAGUUCGACCUUGAGGCGACGCCGGAAUCGCGCGGCAUCCUGCCUGCACAGGAGCACAUCCGCGACAGCCUGAAGCAGGCUCGUAGCAUGCUCGACAAGCACACGCCAGCGCACUUGAUCCUGCCCAUGGUGUUGAGCGCGCUUCAGCUUGCUCAGUCUCUGGCCCUGUGGCCGCUACACGACGAGGGCAUCGUUGCCCUGUCCGAAGUACUGCUGCAGAUGGAGCUGUGGUCGAAGGCCGACAAGGAGGUCGCCGCUUUCUGGCCGCGCCUCGGCAGUGAGCUCGGCGCUCGCGCAGCACUCGUACGUGCGAAGGCGCACGCCGCCCUCGCGCUCGAGCAGGAGGGCAAGCACGGCGCGCGAGACACCUUCAACGCCGCGACCAAGUACGCCAAGCUCGCGAAGGAGAGGGGGCAAGCUAUCGGUGCAGCCAGAGUUGUCGAGGAGGCUGAGAUCAUGAGCGCCAUGCUUGCCGAACUGGCCGGAGGGCGGGGAAAGAUCCCGGCCAGGAAACAGGGCACGCUCAGCGAGAAGGUCCGCGGUGUGGGAGAGGUCGUGCGCCUCGUCGGCGUCCGCGUCGCGGAGGGGUGGAGGUAG